CGGGAGGAAGGCUCCCAGCUUGUCCCUGGCACUGUGACUUGCCAGGAAUGUGGCACCAGUAGAGUGGCACCCCAGCACCCCGGCCCCCCAGAGCUGCGCGGUCCCAGCAGACACCAUGGCUGUCUCUCCCGCACUCCUGCUGUUCAUGGACAGGAAUUUGCUUGCUAGAAAACACAAUGCAAGAUUUGACAGACAAAGAGACUUGGGAUGGAAGUUAUUUGGAAAAGUUCCACUCCGAGAGAAUGCUCAGAAAGAUUCAAAGAGAAUACAAAAGGAACAUGAAGACAAGGCUGGAAGCCCAAGCAGGCCACCCUCCCCGAAGCAAAAUGUGAGGAAGAACUUGGACUUUGAGCCGCUUUCCACCACCGCACUCAUCCUCGAGGACAGACCCGCCAAUCUCCCAGCAAAACCAGCUGAAGAAGCGCAGAAGCACAGGCAGCAGUAUGAAGAAAUGGUGGUGCAGGCCAAAAAACGAGAGCUUAAAGAAGCCCAGCGGAGGAAAAAGCAGCUGGAGGAACGAUGCCGAGUGGAAGAGAGCAUCGGGAACGCUGUGCUUACGUGGAAUAAUGAGAUCCUGCCCAACUGGGACACCAUGUGGUGCUCUAGGAAAGUUCGAGAUCUGUGGUGGCAGGGAAUCCCGCCAAGUGUGAGAGGCAAAGUCUGGAGCUUGGCCAUUGGCAAUGAGUUGAACAUCACCCACGAACUCUUUGACAUCUGUCUGGCCCGGGCCAAGGAGCGGUGGCGGUCCCUCAGCACAGGAGGUUCAGAAGUGGAGAGUGAAGAUGCCGGGUUUUCUGCAGCAGACAGAGAGGCCAGUCUGGAGCUUAUUAAACUGGACAUUUCUAGAACAUUCCCUAAUCUCUGCAUCUUCCAGCAAGGUGGUCCAUAUCAUGACAUGUUGCACAGUAUUUUGGGCGCUUAUACUUGUUACCGACCAGAUGUGGGCUAUGUUCAGGGUAUGUCCUUUAUAGCCGCAGUGUUGAUCUUGAACCUAGAUACUGCAGAUGCCUUUAUUGCUUUUUCUAAUCUUUUGAAUAAACCCUGUCAAAUGGCGUUUUUCCGAGUGGACCAUAGCCUUAUGUUGACUUAUUUUGCUGCAUUUGAGGUUUUCUUUGAAGAAAAUUUGCCAAAACUAUUUGCGCAUUUCAAGAAGAACAACUUGACUCCAGACAUCUACCUAAUUGAUUGGAUCUUCACCCUGUACAGCAAGUCCCUGCCCCUGGACCUGGCCUGCCGCGUGUGGGAUGUGUUCUGCCGGGACGGGGAGGAGUUCCUCUUCCGCACAGCCCUGGGCAUCCUGAAGCUGUUCGAGGACAUCCUGGCCAGGAUGGACUUCAUCCACAGCGCUCAGUUCCUGACAAGGCUGCCCGAGGACCUGCCGGCAGAGGAGGUGUUCGCAGCGAUCGCCGCCAUCCAGAUGCAGAGUCGCAACAAGAAGUGGGCGCAGGUGCUGGCUGCACUACAGAAAGACAGCCGGGAGAUGGAGAAAGGAAGCCCGUCCCUCCGACACUGAGCCUGCGCCGGCCCCGCUCUCUGCGCAAGGCAGGUCUCCAAGCAGACCUGUGAUUUUUCACACUGACACUGGCCACAGGAAAGCAG